CAGGUCUUGAAUGGUGCCGCCACAGAGUGCCCGCUAGCUUGAUAUAGCCCGAAUCAAAGGCCAAUUCUCACGAUUUUUAAAUUCUGCCAAAGAAAUCGUCACUUUUAAUAAAAAUCUGAAACUUCAAAACCAUUCAACAUUCAAUUAAAUAUAAUUAAAUUAAGUCACUAUAUAUCAACUCCGUCCCUGCUUCUGUUUAUCAUAUUCAUGGUCAUGCAGAUAUUUUCAUGCGAUCAAGUUGUUGACACUGCUGAUUAAUUUUGGGAAUCCCACAGAGCUAAUUUAUUCUCGUGUGCGUGUGUUCUGGGUACUUCCCAUAAUUUUUAUAUUACUUUAGCCGCAUUUUUAGCAAAAGCAAAUCGCGAAUCGCGUUCGUAAUUGUUUUAGUCGAGGACGGUGAUGUUUUAGUAUUUUAUUCCGACUGAAAUUAAAUCGCUGUGCUAUUUUCUUAAUUAUUUCGCUCAUUUUCGUAUUUGCCCAGUAAAUAUAAUGUCUAAUACCUCUGAUAGUGAUAGUGAUGUGCAGAAAAGAGAGGAUGUUCGCACACCUACGAAAAAAAUGAAAAGUGCGGAAUAUAAACAGAAAUAUAAAAGAGAGUGGGAGAAUGAGUGGAAGUGGGUCCAGCCAAGUAAGAAGGGUCCAGUUUAUGCCUGGUAAGAUUUUUACCUGAUUUUGUAAGUUUAAAAUAAUGUAUCUAUUAUUAUAGGUGUAAAUACUGCAGCUGCGAUAUACUGAUUGCGAGAGGAAAGGGAGAAUUAAAAAAACAUAGCACUACCGGGAAGCACUUGAAAUAUCAUCUGCUAAAUCGCAACCAUCUAUAUCGUCAAUAUUUGGAAAACAAACAAAAAAUCUCGAAGAAAAGGGAUGGGAAGGCGUUAUGCGACUUGCUGGAUUUAUAGCAGAACACAACUUGCCUAUACGAUUAAUGGAACAUAUUCCAAACAUAGUGAAACGUAUUUGCCCGGAUUCUGAAAUUGCCCAGGCUAUUAAAUGCAGCCGUACAAAAAUUACUAGCGUAAUAAAAAAUGUCACCGGCGAUGAAGGUAAACUGCAACUGAUAAACAUACUGCGAACAAAUAAAUGUAGUUUAAUAGCAGAUGAAUCCACAAAUAGGUCCUGUUCAAAGCAUUUGUGCCUAGUUGCCCGAGUUGUGGUUACUUUUAAUGUAAAGGACUACUUUCUAGCCCUUUUGCCAAUUAGGGAAGCUACGGGGGCUGCCCACAUCCCCAACUAGCCAUUCAUAGAAGUGUAUUUGUUGUGAAGUUCUCAUCAUCAUCUAUUGUAUAGUCCAGGAGACAGUGACGAUUUUCGGUAUUUAUUUUCCCAGUCAGCAAGCACGAAUAGAGAAUUGUAGGAUUAGCAAUUCUAAGCAAAAUUCAUAUAUAUUUAGAGGGGGGCUCCGAUGGGCUGAGGCCGAAAAUGAGUCAAAACAUACGAGAACACGGCCCUUUUUUUCCAUUGAUAAAAAUAGUUUUAGUAGUAAGAGAUGUACUGAAGUUAAGUAAAAAAAUAGUCUGAUUAAUCUGUAUGGAUAAUAUAUUUGGCAAGUGCAUAAAAUACACUUUCAAACGAGUUAUGUACACAAUUAUUUCUACGACCACAAUUAUUUAAAGAAUGUUCCAGGUGUUUUGUAUAUUAAAGUGUACGCCUAGGACACAUAAAUAAAAUCUUAUAUCACA